CUCUCACAGCCCUUCUGUUCUGGUCAGGAAUGUUCAGAUGGAAGCAUCGGAUGGAGAUCUAACCAUGAAGGACUGGUUUAGCUCUGCAGUGAUCUUGAUAAGGAAAUUAGAUUGUGAAGAAACAGAGUCGCUCUUAUCUGCUGCUGUAUAUUCCUGGAGAUCCUUGGAAGACAUUUAGGAUGAUCAAAGGGUAGCCCUACUGUGGAGAGGGGUCAUGAUGAAGACUUUCAUCUGAUUCAGGCAGCACACACUUCCCUCCCACUAGCUUCCUAAACAAGAACCAGUAACACAAGUUUCAGUAGAGGUCAGAAUGGAGGUUCCUCUCGUAUGUUUGGCUCCAGGGCCGGUUAAUCCUGGAGGAUUCCGAGUACCAGCAGAGGGAGAGGCCAGUUAUUGCCAGAAGGGGUGAAAAGGGAGAAGCAGAUCAGAGAGGAGAUAGUGCCAGGAGGGUAAGGGUAAUGGCGCAGGUCUCUGCGAGUCGCCGGGCUCGGUGCCGUCUCUUGUAAGCCAUAUUUCCUGGAGGAGGAAUUCCUCUGAGGUUAGGAAACGCUGCAGAACAAUGAGGCCCUGGUCAGCUGGCAGAGCUGAACUGAAGAGCAGAGAUCGCCUCGGCUUAUCUGUGAAACUCGAACACAAUACCUCUCCUAAUGAACGUCGUAUUCAGGUGGUGGAAAACAAUGUGAUUAGAGAGGUUUUGUCCCGGGACAAGACGGCAUAUUAUGUGCACUUUCUUAGCUUUGUGGGAAAGUAUGGAGAUUGCAUCUUCAAGGUGUUGGCACAGGAAAAUGUUGACUUUCGUUUGGAUUUGGGUCAAUUUUUUUUACACCUAAUCAGAAUAAUUUAGUAGUAAAAGGAUUAUCUGGUAUAUCUCCUACAUAGUGAACAAAUAUAUCUUAGGGUCACACUGGUGUUUGUCUUGGACCGCUGCGAGCCGGCAGUCAAUUUUUAACAGUAGAACAAAUCUGGACUUAAUGCUAACAGACUCUUUAAGAAGCUUUUCUUUGGUUUCAGCAGCCAAAGGAAGUCGUUUUUCUCAGACUCAACCAUUCAGAGAAUCACUGAAAGCCAUUUGUUCGUUUUUUAAACUCUUAAUAGGGCGAAUGAUAAAAGUUUCAGUGGGGGAAACCUUUCAUGUCCUGAAUCUGGAGGACGAUCCGAGCCACAAGUUAGCUUAAUAUAUUCCUAAGAGCGGUGUAGCACAUGAAAUGGUCCCUCAGCUGCUCCGACAAAAGCCAGAGUAAUGCUAAAAACAUUUUUAUUCCCCUUUCUUAACCUUAAAUUCCUUGUUUCCCUUCCAAACUAACAUUACAGGAUCAUUUUUGAUUCCAUAAUCAUGUCCCAGGCUUUAUGUGAAACGUGCUGCUUCUUCAGUUGUUGUGUCUGCAAAUUCAACAACAGGAAGUUGGAAAAUCGGACCUAAUGGACAAAACAGGGAAGAGGCAUUUAUUGGUUCCUUGGGAUUUAGGUAGUAAGUCAUACCCUGCUUGUGUGUAUUUAUGUUUGGACGCCUCUCGCCCGCUCUCAGGGUUUGUUUACAUCCUGGAUGGGUUAAUCAUUUUAUUAGCAUCCAAUGAGGGGAGAGGUGUUCUGUUUCCUUGUAAUAUAUGAGCUGUCCAGGCUGGGGUCGUGUUGAGGUGGGAAGCCGAGGGGGUUCGUAUCCUCUGGACGCAGAUGAUCCCAAAGGUCACAGCCCCUUGUUCCCAUCUUUUUCCUGUCUGUCAAAGGUGUUUCUACAUCGUCUCAACCAAUAUGCAGCGACUAAACUCGAUAAAAACAUCACGGAGGAAACAGUUAAGGUUUUAUUCUCCAACAUUGAGGAGGUUCUGGGCGUCCACAGGGACUUCCUGUCCAUGGUGGAGGAGCUGCUGCAGCCCGAGCCUCACGCUCACCAUGAAAUCGGGAGCUGUUUCUUGCACUUUAGAAGUCGUUUUCAGAUUUAUGAUGAGUACUGCGGGAACCAUGAGAAGGCCCAGAGGCUGCUGCUGGAGCUCAAUAAGAUCAGGAGCGUCAGGACGUGUUUACUGAACUGCAUGUUGCUGGGAGGCAGAAAAAACACAGAAGUCCCACUUGAAGGCUAUCUGGUAGCACCUAUUCAGAGGAUUUGCAAGUACCCGCUGCUGCUCAAAGAGCUGCUGAAGAGGACCCCUAAGAAGCACAAUGACUACGGCCUGGUCCACGAGUCUCUGCAGCUGAUGAAGGCCGUGUGCUCCAGCAUUAACGAAGCCAAAAGGCAGAUGGAGAAGUUGGAGAUUUUAGAAGAGUGGCAGUCCCAUAUCGAGGGCUGGGAGGGCUCCAACAUCACAGAUACAUGCACGGAGAUGCUGAUGCAAGGCGUCCUUUUAAAGAUUUCAGCAGGAAACAUACAAGAGAGGAUUUUCUUCCUGUUUGACAAGCUUUUGGUGUAUUGCAAGAAGAAAAACAGGCGUUUAAAAAACAGCAAAGCCUCCACUGAGGGACCACGCUACCUGUUCAGAGGGAGAAUCAACACUGAAGUGAUGGAGGUGGAAAAUAUGGACGACGGCACUGCUGAUUACCACAGCAGUGGACACAUUGUGAACAACGGCUGGAAGAUCCACAACACGGCCAAGAACAAGUGGUUCGUCUGCAUGGCCAAGACCCCGGAGGAGAAACAGGAGUGGCUGGAGGCCAUCAUGAAGGAACGGGAGCGGAGGAAAAGUCUGAGGCUUGGCAUGGAGCAGGACACGUGGGUGAUGGUCUCAGAGAAAGGAGAGAAGCUCUACCACCUCAUGACCAAAGGGAACCUCAUUAAGGACCGCAAACGCAAGCUUACCACCUUCCCCAAGUGUUUCCUGGGAAAUGAGUUUGUGUCCUGGCUGAUGGAAAUUGGUGAGACGGGCAACCCAGAGGAAGGAGUCCACCUGGGUCAAGCUCUGUUGGAGAAUGGCAUCAUCCACCACGUCACAGACAAACAUCAGUUUAAGCCUGAGCCUGUGCUGUACCGCUUUCGCCUAGACGACGGCACCUUUCAUCCCAGAAGCGACAUGCAUGAUGUUAUAGCCAAGGGUGUUCGGCUGUUCUGCCGUCUUCAUAGCCUCUUCACUCCUGUCAUCAGAGAUAAGGACUAUCAUUUACGAACCUACAAAUCAGUGGUCAUGGCUAACAAGCUGAUAGACUGGCUCAUAGCACAGGGGGACUGCAGAACAAGAGAGGAAGCUGUGAUCUUGGGGGUAGAGCUGUGCUACAAUGGCUUCAUGCACCACGUUUUGGAAAAGAGUGAAUUCAAGGAUGAGCCUUUGCUGUUCCGUUUCUUUGCUGAUGAGGAGAUGGAGGGCUCCAACACCAAGCACAAACCCAUGAAGCACGACCUGAAAAUAGUGGAAAACGUCAUCACAAAGUCCCUCCUGAUAAGACCAAGUGACGGAAGCUACGGGUUUACUCUGGAAGAAAGAAACCGAGUCCCCAUCAUAAAAUCUGUGGAUAGGGGCUCCCCGGCUGAGAUGGCGGGCCUUGAAGUUGGGAGGAAGUUAUUUGCCAUAAACGGAGACUUGGUAUUCCUGAGGCCGUUCUCUGAAGUGGAAGUUGUCCUCAGGCAAUGCUUCAACAACAAGGGCCCCCUGCGGGUGUUGGUCAGCACCAAGCCAAGAGAGACAGUAAAGAUUCCAGACUCUGCUGAUGGGUUGGGCUUCCAGAUUCGAGGAUUUGGCCCCUCUGUGGUCCAUGCUGUUGGAAGAGGCACUGUUGCAGCCACGGCCGGUCUCCACCCGGGCCAAUGCAUCAUCAAGGUAAAUGGCAUCAAUGUGAGCAAGGAGAGCCAUGCCAGUGUCAUCGCUCAUGUCACAGCGUGUAGGAAAUACAGGCGACCAACGCAGCAAGACACAAUUAAGUGGGUAUACAACAGCAGUGAGAGUGCCCAGGAGGAAAACCAGAAAGCUAACCAGAAACCCACUGCUGAGGAGAACGGAGAUGGCUUUGAGUGCAAGGUUGAAGAAGUGUUGGACAAAUUCAACACAAUCGCCAUCAUUGAUGGGAAGAAGGACCAUGUGAGUCUUACAGUGGACAACGUUCACCUGGAGUACGGCGUGGUGUACGAGUACGACAGCACGGCUGGGACCAAGUGCCAUGUUCUGGAAAAGAUGGUUGAACCAAAGGGAUUCUUCAGCCUCACUGCAAAGAUCCUGGAGGCGCUGGCACGCAACGAUGACAUGCUGGUGCAGAUGUGCAGCAGGUUGAGCUCCAGCUGUGAAGUGAUACCUGAGGAACUACAGGUACGCUUCAACGCCAUGUACGGCGAGAGGGCGGAGCACAUUAACCAACGCAUCACCAGCUACAGAAAGUUUUCUCGGGUACUGAAGAACAGAGCGUGGCCCACUUUCAAGCAGGCCAAGGCCAAGGUUUCCCCUCUCCACAGCAGUGACUUCUGUCCUACCAACUGCCACAUAAAUGUGCUGGAGGUGUCCUACCCCAAGACCACCACGUCUCUGGGCAGCGCCUUCGGUGUGCAGCUGGACAGCAGGAAGAACACGCUGGAGAAGAACGGGCGCAGCAGUUCGGAGAACGGUAAGCUGAGCCCCACGGUGAAUGUCCAGCACACCAUCACGACCAUGGCUGCGCCUUCUGGUCACAGCCUGGGCCGGACAGAGGGCCACGGGCUUCAGUUCCUGCUCAGAGAAGAAGACCUGCUCACCCUGGAUGCGUAUCAGAAACUUCUUUAUAAACUCACCGCUGCUGUUAAAGAGAUGGAGACACACGGAGCCCACAUUCACGAUCUUCUAUCCUCCAUCACUUAUCCUCCAGCAUCAGAGGUGAGGAACCCAGAGAGCUACAUUUCUGCAGAAGGUGAAGGAGAGAGGAGUGAGAGGAAUGGGAAGAAGGUGUGUUUCAAUGUGGCAGGGGAUGAGCAGGAGGACUCUGGACAUGACACGAUCAGCAACAGAGACUCAUACAGUGACUGUAACAGCAACAGAAACUCCAUCGCCUCCUUCACCAGCAUCUGCAGCAGCCACUGCAGCUCCUACGUUCACAGUGAUGAGAUGGACUCAGGAGAUGAGAUGGCCUCCAGUGUGUGGCUUUCUCAUGACAAACAGAAGAAACUCCAUAGCUUCCUAGAGCAUUUAUUCAGCCAGGUGGACUCAAUCAGCAGCAUGCUGAGAGGAGCGAUGGUGGCCCGGGCGUUUGAGCAGACCAAGGGUUUCACACCUGGGAGAGGAUUACAAGAGUUUCAGCAGGAGAUGGAGCCCAGCGUGAACUGCACCAAAAAGCUGCGUCUCCAUAUCAAACAGGAUCCGUGGAAUCUUCCCAACAGCGUUCAGGCGCUCACACAAACCAUUUCUAAAUACGUAGAAGAGGUGAAGACUCGACUGCUCUUGGUGCUGCUGCAGUAUUCGGACUCAGAGAUCCAGUUACGCAGAGACAUGGUGUUCUGUCAGUCUUUAGUUGCAGCUGUGUGUGCUUUCUCAGAGCACCUGCUUUCUGUCCUCAACCAGUUCUACAAUGUAGGAAAAGAGCUGGACCAGGACUUUCCGGAUUGUCAGGAGCUUCAGGAGGCGCAGGAAGCCAGCCGCCGGUGGCUGGACCAAAUCGCCUGUGCUGGCCUGCUGUUUCACUUCCAAUCUCUCCUCUCCCCCAAUCUGACGGAUGAACAAGCCAUGCUGGAGGACACUCAGGUGGCCCUGGUAGACCUGGAGAAGGUCACUUUCCACUUCCAGCAGUUUAAAGGAGAGCCACUUGUUGCCAAUAUGCCCAUCUCACACCAGGUGGAGGGGACCCGCCAGGCCUUGAAGGUCUGCUUCUACCUUGAGAGUCGCUACUUCUCGCUGCUCCCUUACCGCCUGAAAAAUGGAGGAGGUGUCAAAAUUUACCCUGUGCUCUUCACACAAGCUUUGGAGAGCAUGGAGGGCUACUACUACAGAGACAACGUGUCCGUGGAGGAAUACCAGGCCCAGAUUAACGCUGCUUCACUGGAUAAGGUCAAACAGCACAACAAGAGACUCAGAGCUUUCUUCCUCGAUCAGUCUAAUAUGCCGCCCAGCGCUGCACCCAAAGCUGCAUUCAUAGAUAAGUUAAUGCGCCCGUUGAAUGCUCUAGAGGAGCUCUACCGUUUGAUGGAGAGUUUCAUCAGCUGCCGUCGCACCGCUGCCUGCCAGUACACGGCCUGUGGGGCCUCUGGAGUCGGGCUACUCACCGUGGCCUCUGAGCUCUGCUCUCGUCUGGGAGCCACACACGUCGUCAUGUGCAACAGUGGCGUUCACCGCUGCACUCUGAGUGUGACACUGGAGCAGGCCAUCCUGCUGGCUCAACACCAUGGCCUUCCUCCUCGCUGCAUCAUGCAGGCCACUGAUGUCAUGAGGAAACAGGGAGCAAGAGUUCAAAACUCUGCGAAGAAUUUGGGAGUGAGGGACCGUACACCGUCAUCAGUCCCGAGGUUGUACAAGCUGUGCCAGCCUCCGCCUGCAGAUGGGGAUCCAUAAUGCAUUGCAGUCAGGAAGAUGGGGAAGAGCAUCUCUUUGAAAGCCUUGAAAGUUGGUCUCUCCACCUGAUGAAGAUGAUUUAUAUGUGCAGACUGCCUGCCUAAAGUGUAAAUAAAACAUUCAAGCCGUAAAUAGUAUUUUAAUACCUUUUGUUUUUGUUGUGCUUUUUACAUAUUUUGAUUUUUAUAUUGUGUCAGACUAGAAAAGGUGUGUUUAAAUAGCUCAUUUGAAAACAAAUGAACACCACUGCCAUAAAAGGAGCUGAAAAGGAACUUUUGUUGUUUGUUAGUUUAAUUUGCAUAUGUUAAAAAUAUAUAAAGAAGAAUACUGGAAGUAAUUUGACAUUUAAUUUGCUGUGUCAGUUCUGUCAGUAUUGCAUAUCAUUGCAGCUGUUGUUUCUCACUGAUCCAGAUGUCUAAAUGUGCUGCAUUCUUAUUAUAACGCUCAUUUAUUUCUCAGUAUUAUUGCAGUCACUUUUGAGUGCGUCAAGUCUUGUUCUGUUUCUGUUUUCUUCACCCAAGCAGCACAAAGGAUUAAAGAAUUUGUUUCUUCGUUUGUGGCUCACUACUAUGCAAAAUAAGAGAUAAUGAAAAGCAACAAAAAGCUCCAGCAGUGUUCACAAAUACAAGUCUUUAAACGAUGUAAAAGCAAAGGAUUAUUUGCAUAUUUGCUUCAAAAUACUAAAAAUGCUGACCUAUCCAAUUUGUAAAAUGUAUUAAAGGACGUCUGAGUGAUA